UUAAGAUAUAAACAUUACAAUUUACAAACUUGUAACUACUCAGACUACCUGCAAGCAAAAUAUUACAAAACUGUGCGCAAUAUUCAAAAUUCUGUUAGAUAAUAGUUUAAUACUUUAAUUGGUAUAUUAUAAAUUAUUUACUCAUACUGCGUAAAUCAUCGAUUAAAGCUCGAUCAAAUGUUGCUUGUGCCAGUUAGAAAUAUAUUGGCUUUCCAAGCUAGAUCAGUUUGUUGUAUUGCAGUAAAAUCUAAUGGCUUAAUAAAUUCAAAUAAUACAAACUUUGUAAUUCCUAAACGUCAUGCUGUCACAGACUUUGUUGGUAUUAAAACUAAAAGUAAGGUUUCUGAUUUCAUUGACAGACUCCAAAUAAUGAAUCCAUUGCAAAAGUCUAAAUAUGAAGCUAAUAGUUGGAUUUUGUAUGAAAAAUUGAUUGACCAAAUUCCUUUUGAUCGUAUCAUAUUAAAACUUAACUUACCAGAUACAUUCAAUUCAUGGUUUAUUAUAACAGAACUUCAUUUAUGGAUGAUAUUUGUUCGUUUAAUGCAUGAAGGUACAAAAGGAUCAAUGAUUAGAAAUUUUAUCAUGGAAGCAUUAUGGAAUGAUGUUGAGUUUCGUUCUAAAAAAUUAGCAACUGUAAGUUCAGAUGUUCGACAUCGUCAAAUAAAGGAAUUGAAUGAUCAAUUACGAGGAGCAAUAGUAGGUUAUGAUGAAGGAUGGCUCAGUAAUGAUAUGGUCUUAGCCAGUAUGGUAUGGCGUAGAAUAUUCAAUAAAGAAUGUAAUGACCCAGAACAAAUUGAAUUAGUAGUGAAGUAUAUUAGGAAACAGAUGUCCAUUCUUCAAUUGCAAACAUUCGAUAGUUUAUUUACAAAAAAAGAUGUCAAAUGGAUAAAAUUUGUAUAGAAGUAUUGUAAAAACGAAAAACAGUGUAUUUUAUAUAUAAUAUUUUACCUAACAAAGUUAUAAAUAGAUAUUUUAAGCUUUAACAAUCAAUAAUUAAUUACGUUUGGUAUAAAUCUCACAGAAUUCAUUGAGAGUAUUGUCAGCAAUCCUAUCAAAACUGUCCGACAUAUUUAAAUUUUCUUGGACUACUAGUUCUUCAUCAGGCUUUCUUUGAGCACUAUUCUCUGCUAAAUGUAGACUAGCAGACAAAUUGGCUGACAACACAUGUUCACUGUCUUCCAACAAGGUAAAUUCUCUCAAAUCACUAGAAUCUAAACGAUCUAAGCUUGAGAAUGUAGUUUCCAUAAGAUUAGGCUCAUUAUUGCCUUCUGUUGGACAUGGUAAAGGUGAUAUAGUUAUGGUUGUUGGUGGAGCAUAACUUUUUUGAGAUGAUGUAUUUUGACUAUUAAGUGUAGGACACACUUCUGUAAUAGUGCAACCACUUAUUGUACCACAAUUAGUUUGAAUUCCUGCACAAUUCCAUAAAAACUAUAUAAAUAUAUUGUUAGAUAUUUCAAAACAAAUACUUAGUAACAAAAUCAGAAAUAGCCAUAAUAGGAUUCUUAAUUAAUAAGUAUGUUUUAACCUCGUAAAAAUAAUCAAGAAAUUAUUUAUAUAAAUUUAAAUUAAAUAAAUAUUCAAAUAUUUCAAAAAAGAAAAAAAUUAAGGCACUAACUUGUAAUGAUAACAUCGAUUUAAUAAUAAUAAAAAAAUUGUAUUAGUAUUUAUAAACUGUAAUCAAAAAACUUAUUUACAAUUAUAAGAUGGUAAAAAUCAAUAACACUAUUUCAUUACGAUUUGUUUUACUAUUUAUUAUUUCUAUAUAAAGUUUUGUGUACCUAGCGGCUAACAGUACUAUACUUUAUAUACAAUAUA